AUUGGGAAACUUAAGAUAUUUAGAAAGGUUUUUUAUAUUUUUUUUAUCGUGCCGGUUAUCGCUUUACUUUUUAGUUUCUACUGGUGUGGAAUGAUAGUAAAUAUGCCAUCAUUUCUUUACUUUUCCUCCGGUCAGAUUUUUUUUUUUUUUUGCGCUGGAACGGUCUUGCCUUUUAAAGUACUUGGUCAUCUUAAUUAUUUGUAUAAUGAAGUAAAAACAUGUAUACACCUUUUUCACGCACAUAAGCUCAAAUCGUCAAACUGACGGAG